AUGCAGUAGCAUUCUUAAAACCUGGAUUUUGAUAAUACGCAAUAAUAUGUGUAAGCAUUACAAGACAGCAUUAUGAGGAGCCCAGUUCGUCAGCUUAACUCGAGGCUUCAUCAUCAUCUCGGACGACUUCACGUAUCAUCAUCAUCGUCGUCGUCGUCAUUGCUUUCGUUUUCACCUCGCAACAAUGCCCUCCAAUCCUCCUCGCCAAUCCCCGAACUUCUCAAAUCCUUAUGCUCCGAUGGUCGCUUACGAGAAGCUUUGCUGGAAAUGGCGGUUCUAGGGCUCGAGAUGCGGUUUCAAGCCUACGAUGCUUUGUUGAAUGCGUGCUUGAGCAAAAGGGCUCUCAGGGAAGGUCGGAGAGUUCAUGCCCACAUGAUCAAAACACGUUAUCUUCCCCCAGUUUAUCUCCGGACUCGUUUGAUCGUCUUCUACGUAAAGUGUGAAUCUUUGUGUGAUGCAAGGAAGGUGUUCGAUGAAAUGCCUGAGAAAAAUGUUGUAUCGUGGACUGCGAUGAUCUCGGCUUAUUCUCAGAGAGGAUGUUCUUCUGAUGCUCUCAAUCUUUUUUCAGAGAUGUCGAAAUCAGAUGGAGAGCCGAAUGAGUAUACUUUCACCACUGUUCUUACCUCUUGCGCUGGUGCUUCUGGAUUGACUCUGGGAACCCAAAUUCAUGCUCUCAUAAUCAAGAAAAGUUUCGAUUCUCACGUUUUCGUGGGGAGCUCUCUCCUUGACAUGUAUGCGAAAGCCGGAAGAAUCGUGGAAGCUCUCCAGAUUUUCGAGUGCCUGCCCGAGAGGGAUGUCGUUUCGUGUACUGCCAUAAUUUCGGGCUAUGCCCAACUCGGUCUUGACGAAGAGGCAAUAGAAAUGUUCCGAAAGUUGCAGAAUGAAGGAAUGAAGACGAACUAUGUCACCUACGCUAGUGUUCUAACAGCGUUAUCUGGACUUGCUUUGUUAGACCAUGGAAGGCAAGUUCACUGUCAUGUCCUGAGAUGUGAACUUCCGUUCUACGCAGUUCUUCAGAACUCAUUGAUCGAUAUGUACUCGAAAUGUGGAAACCUCUCAUAUGCGAGGCGGGUUUUCGAUGAAAUGCCCGAGAGGACAGUCAUUUCAUGGAAUGCAAUGCUUGUUGGAUAUAGUAAGCAUGGUUUGGGAAGAGAAGCUAUUGAUUUAUUCGAAUUGAUGAAGAAUGACAACAGAGUGAAGCCGGACGGAGUUACCCUUUUGGCAGUUUUAUGGGGUUGCAGCCAUGGCAGUAGGAUCGAAGACACAGGUUUACAAAUAUUUGAUGAGAUGAGAAACGGGAAUUACGGGGUUAAGCCCGAAUCUGAGCAUUACGGUUGCGUUGUCGACAUGCUCGGCCGAGCUGGUCGGAUAAACGAGGCAUUUGAAUUCGUCGAGGAAAUGCCCCUUGAACCCAGUGGAGCCAUCUUGCAUUCCCUUCUAUCCGCUUGUAGAGUUCACUCAAAUCUCGACAUUGGGGAACUUGUAGGCCGAAAACUCCUCGAGAUCGAGCCGGAAAACUCCGGGAAUUACGUUGUCCUUUCCAACCUGUAUGCAUCCGCGGGAAGAUGGGAAGAGACGAGAAAAGUGAGGGCAUUGAUGAGGAAGAAAGCCGGGAUGAAAGAACCGGGAAGAAGCUGGAUCCAACAUGAGCGAAUCACACAUUAUUUCCACGCGAAUGACCGUGCUCAUCCGAGAAGGGACGAGAUUCUCGAUAAGCUGAGGGAGAUAACGAAGGAAUUGAAGCAAGAGGGUUAUGUUCCGGAUCUAAGCUGUGUAUUACAGGACGUGGAUGAGGAGCAGAAGGAGAAUAUGCUGCUCGGACACAGCGAGAAGCUUGCCCUGACCUUCGGGUUGAUCGCCAUUCCCGAGGGUUUCCCUAUUCGGGUGUUCAAGAAUCUCCGAGUAUGCGUCGAUUGUCACGAUUUCGCAAAGAUCUUUUCGAGGGUUUUCGGCAGGGAAGUUUGCUUGAGGGAUAAGAAUCGGUUCCACCAAAUUGUGGGAGGAACUUGUUCUUGUGGAGAUUACUGGUGAACUCACAGGUUAUCCCAUCUUUGUGGUGAUCAUUAGUGGCUCUUGAAAGAUUGUAUAAAGGUUGGAAAAUUGAACCGAAAUCUACUUUUGGUUUAGCUUGGUAA